AUGAGUGGUAGAGGAUCAUCAAGAGCUUAUGAUAUGAUCAUGAAACUUCUCUUAGUUGGGGAUUCAGGUGUUGGAAAAUCUUGUUUAUUAUUAAGAUUUGUUGAAGAUAAAUUUAAUCCAUCAUUUAUUACAACAAUUGGUAUAGAUUUUAAAAUUAGAACAAUUGAAAGUAAAGGCAAAAAAAUUAAAUUACAAGUUUGGGAUACUGCGGGACAAGAAAGAUUCAGAACUAUAACUACUGCUUACUAUAGAGGAGCAAUGGGUAUUGUAUUAAUAUAUGAUGUUACAGAUUCAAGAAGUUUUGAAAAUGUAGAAAAUUGGUUUCAAACUGUUACUCAACAUGCAAAUGAAGAUGCUCAAAUAUUUUUAGUAGGUAAUAAGUCAGAUGAUGAAGUAGGAAGACAAGUUAGUAAAGAGCAAGGUGAAGAAUUAGCUUCAAAAUUAGGUAUACCAUUUUUAGAAGCUUCUGCUAAAAGUAAUGCAAAUGUUGAUGCUAUUUUCUAUGAAUUAGCUGGUAUCAUUCAAGAAAAACAUGUUGACGAUAAUGCAGGAGCUGCUACUGCAAGUGGUAUAGAUGUUUCACAAAAUAAUUCAGGUAUGAAGAAUAAUUGUUGUUAG